GUGGAGGCCUGGGAGGAGUCUAGAGUAGAAGGGUUAUUCCAAUGGCCCAGGCAUUCCACGUGAUGGAAGGCAGGGCUUGGGGCGGAGAAGCAAGCCGGCUCAGAGAGCCAGGUUCUAGCAGCCAUUGGAGGAAAAGGAAGAUGCUGGGGUUUUAGCUGGACUGGGCAGGGCGGGGCUUUUGGGACUAGAAGGACCUGCCCAGAGUGGUUGAUUGAAAGCCUCAGCUGUUGAAGCUGAGAUUGCUCUGCCUUCUUCCCUUGGAGCUGAAAUCACUCUGCUGUCCCUUGCAGCUGAGAGCCUUCUGCCCUCCAGAAGCCAGAUCUGUGCAUGCAGAUACAAGCUCAGCCAGAAGAAGACCAAGGCCUGGCCCAAGCAGAGAGCCUACAGCCAGAGGGAAUGGCCCCUGGAAGCCCCAGAGUCAGACCUCAGGUGUUAGUGACAUUCAAGGAUGUGGCUGUGGACUUCACACAGGAGGAGUGGCGCCUGUUGGACCAUUCUCAGAAAGAGCUGUACAAGGAGGUCAUGCUGGAGAAUGUACAGAAUCUACUCUCUGUGGGACUUCCAGCUCCUAAAGAAGAAUUGAUCUCUCAUUUUGAGCAAGGGAAAGUUCCAUGGAUGUUGGAGCGAGAAGACCCAAGAAAAUCCUGUCCAGAUGGAGAGACUAGACUUGGAAUGAGGGAGACUACUGCAAAGAUGAGCAUUUCUAUGGAAGAAACACAACAGCAAAGAUUAAUAAAUGAUGGUCACUGCAAUCUCAAUUUGAGAGAAACUUGUGACUCUGAUAUCAAGACAAAGAAAAAACAAAAGAGUCACUGCAAAUUUGAUAAAGAUGGAAAGAGUUUCAGACAAUGUUCAGUCCUAAUUCACUGUAAGAAAACAACCUCUGGGAAUAACUUUUCUCAGGAUAGUCAAAAUAGGGAAUGCUUUCCUGAACAGUUAAAUCUUGUGGAGUCUCAUGAGAAGCCCCCUGAAGUCCAAACUUAUCAAUGUAAUCAGUGUGAAAUGGUCUUUGGCUUGAACUCUGACCUACUUAAGCAUCAGAAGAGCCAUCCUGGAGAAACACUUAAUAUAUGUAAUGAAGGUGAAAAGAGCUCCACUGGCAAUUCACAACUCAUUGGCCAGGGGAAAAUUCCCAAUGGAAAGAAGUGUUAUAGAUGUAAUGAAUGUGACAAAACCUUUAAUCAUCAAUCAUCCCUUAUUCACCAUCAGAGACUUCAUUCUAAUGAAAAGCUACAUAAAUGUAUGCAAUGUGGACAGGCUUUCAAGCAACAGGCAUCCCUUCUUUCUCAUCAGAGAUUUCAUACCAGGGAGAAAUCUCAAGGGUGUAAUGAAGGUGGUAAAGCUUUCAAUGAAAACUCAUCCGUUAUGGCACAUCAGAGAAGCCACACUGGAGAGAAACCUUAUCAAUGUAAUCAAUGUGGAAACACUUAUACACAGAGGGCCAGUCUUGCUGUACACAAGAGAAUCCACACUGGAGAGAAACCUUAUGAAUGUGAUCAGUGUGGAAGGGCUUUCAGAUGCAACUCCAGUUUUGCUUUACAUCAGAGAAUCCACACUGGAGAGAAACCUUAUGAAUGUGAUCAGUGUGGAAAGACUUUUAGAUGCCGUUCUAGUCUUGCUAAACACCAGAGAAUCCAUACUGGAGAGAGACCUUAUGAAUGUGAUCAAUGUGGAAAGACUUUCAGACAGAGCUCCAGUUAUGCUGAGCAUCAGAAAGUCCACACUGGAGAGAAACCUUAUGAAUGCAAGCAAUGUGGGAAGACUUUCAGGUGUAACUCCAAUCUUGCUCUACAUCAGAGAAUUCACACUGGAGAAAAACCUUAUAAAUGUAAUCAAUGUGGAAAGAAUUUUAGCCAGAGUUCCAGUCUUGCUGAUCAUCAGAGAAUCCAUACUGGAGAGAAACCUUAUGAAUGUAAUCAGUGUGGAAAGGCUUUCAGAUGUAGGUCUAGUCUUGCUCUACAUCAGAGAAUCCAUACUGGAGAGAAGCCUUAUGAAUGUUGUGAAUGUGGCAAAGCUUUUAUUGAACACUCAUCCCUUAUUGUACAUCAGAGAAUCCAUACUGGGGAGAAACCUUAUAAAUGUAAUCAAUGUGAAAAGACUUUCACACAGAGCUCCAGUCUUGCUCUACAUCAAAGAAUUCACAGGGGAGAGAAACCUUAUGAAUGCAAUCAGUGUGGAAAGACUUUUACAAACAAAUCUAAUCUUGCUCUACAUCAGAGAAUCCACACUGGAAAGAAACCUUAUGAAUGUAAUCAGUGUGGAAAGACUUUCACACAAACCUCCAAUCUUGCUGAACAUAAGAGAAUCCACACUGGAGAGAAACCUUAUGAAUGCAAUCAAUGUGGAAAGACUUUCAGAUGCAGCUCUAGUCUUGUUGAACAUGAGAGAAUCCACACUGGAGAGAAACCUUAUGAAUGUAGUCAAUGUGGGAAAGCUUUCAGAUGCAGCUCCAAUCUGGGGAAACACCAGAAAAUUCACACUGGAGAGAAACCUUAUGAGUGUAAUCUAUGUGGAAAGACGUUUAGACACAGCUCCAGUCUUGCUCUGCAUCAGAGAACUCAUACUGGAGAGAAACCUCAUGAGUGUCAUGAAUGUGGCAAAGCUUUUAGGGACCACUCAUCUCUUAUUGUUCAUCAGAGAAUCCACACUGGAGAGAAACCUUAUGAAUGUAAUCAAUGUGGUAAAACCUUCCGGCAACAGUCAUCCCUUAUUUCCCAUCAAAGAAUUCAUACUAGAUAGAAAUCUUAUUUCUGUAGUGCAUGAGAAAAGACAUUCAAAUGAAGUAUAAAGGUUGUUGGACAUCAGAAAAUAAUUCUGGGGCCAAAUUCAAUAUGGCCUCAGUGAGGUAGAACCUUCAGUCAGGGAUCGUCUCUUAUAUCUGAGCAUUCAUAGUGGAGAGAAAUCUUAAAAGAUGUGCUCAGUGGGGACAUGCCUUUGCUGGAAAAGGAGAGGCCCUAGUUAUCAGAAUAUUCAUACUGGAAGGAAGGAAGGAUUGUGGAAAAGCCUUGACAUGGAGUUCAGGCUUGACUGGAUACUGGAGAAAUCAUGCUGUAAAUAAAACUUAGGGAUCUAAUGAAAAAGAAAAACAUCUUGUUUCAGCACAGAUCUAAUUAGACACCCUAAAUUUCAUGCUGUGUAUAAAACCCUAUAAAAGCAAUGAUUUUUCUCUUAAAACUAUUGUUUUUCAGUACUCCUCAAUAAUAUUCCAUAAUAUUUAUUUACCACACCUUUAUUAGUCAUUUCCCAAUCAAUUAGUACUUACUUCUUACCUGUUCUUUGUUGAUAUAAAAAGUUAUGGUAUAAAUAUUUUGGUAACUGACAUUUAUUUCUGCAUUCAUUGCUUUAGAUGGGUAGAUGGAACAGUAUUUAGAGUACUGAUCCUGGAGUCACAAGACCUGAGUUGAAAUUCAAUCUCUAAGACUUACUAGCUGUAUGACCUUGUACAAGUUACUUAACCAAUUACUGUAUGAGGCUUCCCCAUUUGUAGACGGUAUAUACUAAUAACACCUACUCUUAAAGUUGACAUGAAGAUCAAAAGAGCUAAUAUGUGUAAAUCACAUUGUAAGCAUCAAAUCACCAUUUAAAAGCUAGCUCUUACUAUUAUUCCUUGGGUCAGAAGUCUCAGAGUCAGCCAAAAGAUAUGGACAAUUUAAUCACUUUUCUUGUAAUUCAAAUUGAUAUUUAAAACAAUGUGGAAGAAGGCAGUGCCUCAUGUGCUCUUUAGCUAUAUAACUCUGGGCAAGAAAGAGCCUUUCUGUCCAUAAUUUACUAAUCUCUAAAAUGAGGAGGUUGGCAUCAAUGACUUCUAUGGUACUUUCCAACUCUGAAUUUUUAUUCCCAUGGAAAAUGUGUUUCUAUGUCUUUUUCCACAGCCUCUUCCAGUAUUUUUAGGAAGGAUACAUAACAGGUACAAAAUCUGAAAGUAUAAUACAAACAAUUUAGUUGGAUUUCAAAAUAGAAACCUUGAGAAAUUGAACAGACCAGGUUUAUAAUAUCCAAAAGAAAUUGGGGGCUAGAGCUAAGAUCAUGGAAUGAAAUUGGCACACUUGUCCAAUUUUUGCAAUAUACUUCUGUAAAUUUUAAAAAUUAAUAUUCAAUACUCUGUGUAUUGUAUUUAAUAAUAUUUAUUAAUACUUAACUUGAAGCAAAAGGAAAAUAAAAGACUAAAGAAACAGAGCUUACUGGCCUCCCAUGUGGAAAAAGAGAGUGAAGGAGGCAUUCCCCACAGCUUAAAAACCAUAAUUUCAAGGACACAUGUAAACAAAAAGGGAAAAGGAUUCUUGGGACAAGGGGAGAAUUUUGGGAGAUGAAGCCCAAAGGAUACAAAAUUUCCACUUAUACACUUCUUUUUAAUAACUUAAACAAAUGCACCUAAACAAAUAAUGAGCAAAAGAGACUCCAAAAAUCUCAGUGAAUCAUUUUUACAAUCCAGGAUAGCUUAGGAAGACAUAAAGAGAUGUCUGUAGACACUGGAGUGGGAAUUGGCAAAAAGCAUGAUGGGCUGGAAUUGGCAUUGUCUAGAGGCUUUAGAAGUGGUGGCAGCAGAGGCAGCAGCAAUGGAGUGUUACAAUUGGUCAGAAAACGAUUCCAUGGAAUCCCUGAGAUAAUACUGGGAAUAUGAUCAGGUGGUGGUAUUAGGUGACACUAUAAUUUAUUACCUGGUUCCUUGGUCCAGGUCGGAGAGGUGCAUGGAGUCACAAGAGAUGAGGGGUCCUAUAGAUCAAGAGGGUAAGGAUCAGAUUUUUCUCUGAAUCAUACAAUAUUGGAAGCAUUAGAAACUUACAAUCCUGUAGACCUUGUAGUAGAAGCAGCAAAACAUAAAAUAAAGAAGCUCAGGGUAAUCAUCCACUCCAAUGCUGAGCAGAGCCCAACUUUAACAUGAAAUCCAAGAUUGAGAAAUAUACUGGAAAAAUGAGCAAAUGACAACAAACCUAUCCAUAAGUAACUACUAUGAGGACUGGGAAACUGAAAACCAAAACACAGAAGGGGACAAUGACUUGAAAACAUCUACAAGCAAAGCAUUGAAGAAAAAUUCACAUUGAACACAAGCCCAAAAAGAAUACCUCAAAGAGCUAAAGUGAUUUUUAAAAGGAGAUUUAAAAAAUAAAA